UCGACCCAUGCGCAAAGGGCUCCGCGAACUACAUUUCCCAGAAAGCCGUGUAGCUCCAGGGACUCUGGCUCUGCCUGUGGCGUGACGUCAUUUCCGCCGCCGCCGCCGCCGCCUGGGCUCUUGCUAGUCGCGGCCGCCAGAGCGCUGCCCCGUCCUGAACCGUGUCGGUUCCGAGCCCCUGGUCUCGGACCGGGGACGUCCUGGUGCCCGGUGCUGACCUGCCCCUCCCCCCCCCCCCAGGAGGUCCCGGGCCGGCGCCGCCCUCCCCGGCAGAAGGAGCCCCCGCAGGAGGAGAUGGCCCCCGUGUUCCUGGCGGACGGCGCCUCCCGGGGCUCUGUGACCUUUGGGGACGUGGCCGUGGACUUCUCCCGGGAGGAAUGGGGGCACCUGGACCCCGCCCAGAAGGAGCUGUACCGGGAGGUGAUGCUGGAGAACUACCGGAACCUGGUGGGCCUGGGACUCGCAGUUUCCAAACCCCGUGUGAUUGAGCAGUUGGAGCGAGGGGAAGCGCCUUGGACGUCAUGGGGAGGGGUCCCAAGCAGCUGCGGUCCAGAUUGGGAGACUAGAUUUGAAAGCAUGGCUUCAUCUUUAAAGUUGGAUCUCUCCAGGGAAAAUUCCUUCCAGGAAAGAGUCAGGAGGGAUGGGGCUGCUGCUUUCAGAUUGAGAAAAGCCUUCAGUUUUGAUGCCAGGUCAGAAAAGCAACACAACAAUGAAGAGUCUCUUCAGCAAACAGAAUUCAUCCAGAACAAACUUCCCCACGAAGUACAAAGGCAUGAAUGUAAUAAAUAUGGCAAAAACUUCAGUCUAGGACCAGUUAUUUUUCCACAACAGAGCAUAAGUAUAGGAAGCAGUCUACAUCAAUGUGAAAUGAAUCAAAAGAGCUUUAGCCUGUAUUCAGACAUUAGGAAUUAUAACCAAAUCUGUGUUAGACAAGUAUUUUCUAAGUAUAAUGAGUUUCAGAAUUCCUUUAGUUACAAUUCAAACCUUACUGAGAAUUGUGUGAUGAAUUCUACAGGGAAACCUCAUGAAUUUAAUGAAUGUAGCACUUUAUUCCUGAGCUCACAGCUUACACAAUUUCAAAGAAUUCAUUCUGGAUGGGAACCUUAUGAAUCUAAUGAAUGUGGGACUGCCUUCAGCAAGAGCUCAGAGCUUUUUGAGCAUCAAUCAGUUCAAACUGGAGAGCAGCCCUUCAGAGUUACUGAAUAUGAGAAAGUCCUCUUGCCAAAUACAAAUCAUACUGAACAUCAGUUAGUUCAAGCUGGAGAGAUAUCUUGCAAAUGUAAACAGUGUAGCAAAGCAUUUUUCCUGAACUCCCAACUUGGCGUACAUCAGAGGACGCACACUGGAGAGAAACGUUAUAAGUGUAAUGAAUGCGGGAAAGUCUUCCGCCAGAAAGCAAAACUUAACAUACAUAUAAGAAUUCACACUGGAGAAAAACCUUUUGAAUGCAAUGAAUGUGGAAAGGCCUUCCGGGAGAGCUCAGAUCUUACUCUGCACCAGAGAAUCCACACUGGGGAGAAACCUUAUAAAUGUAGUGAAUGUGGGAGGGCCUUCAGGAGGAGCAAAAACCUGACUCUGCAUUGGAGAAUUCACACUGGAGAGAGACCUUUUGAAUGCGGUGAAUGUGGAAAAGCUUUCCGCCAGAGCUCAGAUCUCUCCCAACACCAGAGAAUCCACACUGGGGAGAAACCUUACGAAUGUAAGGAGUGUGGAAAUGUCUUCCGCCAGAGCUCACACCUUAUUCUGCACCAGAGAAUCCACACUGGAGAGAAACCCUAUGAGUGUAGUGAGUGUGGGAAGGCCUUCCGCCUGGGCUCACAGCGUAACGUCCACCAGAGAAUCCACACUGGAGAGAAGCCCUAUGAGUGCAAUGAAUGUGGGAAGGCCUUCCGCAAGAGUUCAUACCUUACUCAACACCAGAGGAUUCACACUGGAGAAAAGCCUUACAAAUGCAAUGAAUGUGGGAAGUCCUUCAAUCGGCGUAGAAACCUCACUUUCCACCAGAGAAUUCACACAGGCGAGAAACCAUAUGAAUGUAAUGAAUGUGGAAAGACCUUUAGCUCAAACAGAAAUCUUACUCUCCAUCAGAAAAUUCAUACUGGGAGGACAACGUAAAAAUGUAUUGAUUGUGAGACAGACCUCCAUCACAGGUCAGACUUUAUUGAUGAUCAAGAGAACUUAGGGUGGGCAACAACUUUAGCAGCAGAGUGAAGGUUGGAAGCUCUUCCACCAGAGCACAAAGCUUCCUAAAUCUCAGUUCAUGCUGGCUUGAAACUAUAUAAAUCUCAUAAAUAUGAGAAGCAUUCCCUAGUCACAAGCCAGUGUGCCCCUUUCAGAAUAGAAUUUCUCAUGAAUGGAAUGCCGGGAAGUUCUGUCUCAGAAUUCGUGUUGUAGAAGAUCCUUAUGAAUGUGAAAAGGUCGGCAGCCGAAGCCGAAUCCUUAUACAUCCUCUGUAGGAAAUUCACACUGGAGAAUCGGCAAGCAUUUAUUACAAUAUGCCAGAUACUGUGCUAGGAGUAGAAAUACAAAACAAAACAAAACAUAAAGUUCCUCCCUUCAAGGAGUGUACAUUUUAUUUGGGGAGACAACACAUAGAUAACUUUUAUAUUUAACAAAACAAAAAAAUAAGAAAGUGAGCAACUGUGGGGAGGGGGGAAUGGAAGGGGAAAGAAAGGGAUGAAUAGGAGUGGUGAAGGCCUCGUGAACAAAGCAGCAUUUUGAGCCGAGUCCUGAAGCAGGACACAGGCCCUGAGAUGAAGGGAGAUAUGGAGGGUGGUGGUCUAAGUAUGUGGGACAGCAGCUACUGCAGUGAGUGCAAAUGGGAGAUGGAGCUUUAUAAGAGGGAAUUAGCACUUAGGCCAGUGUGUCUGGACUAUGGGAUAUAUAAAAGGUGGAAUGAGUAAGAAGGCUGGAAAGGUAGGAAGAAGCCAGGUUAUGUUCAGAGGAAUUGAUAUCCUAGAUGUGAUAAGAAUCCAUUAAGAGUAUUGAGCAGGGGAUGGGAGGCCCGAUGGGUGGGAGUGCCAUGGCCAGCAUUGUUCUUUAAGGAAAUCAUAUUGAUAACAGUUUGGAGGAUGAAUGGGACUAGGAAGGGACUUCAGGAGGGAUGCCAGUCAUGAGGCAAUAGCAGUAGUUAGGGUGAGAGCUUGGCACUUGCUUGAACUUGAUUAUACUUCUUAAGAUGGAGAGAAGGCUGUGUACAAGAGCUGAUGUAGACUCAGGAAAGACAGGAUUUGGCAACUCAACAAAUAUAUGGAGAGUGAGAAAAAAUGCCUUCUAAGAUUGAAUCUUAAUGCCGAAAAAAUUUGGUGCCCCCAGCAGUAAUAGGGAGGUUUGGGGUAUAUGGAGUAAGUCUAGUUUCAAGUAUCAAAUAGGCAGUCAGUGCAUGUGGUUCUAGAAUUUAAGACAAAUGGGGUCUGAUGUGAAGCUGCUCAGAAGAUAACUGAGCCCAGGGGAAUUAUUGAGAUUAUCAAGUCUGAGUAUGGAGCAGACCCUCAGACUCCUUACCUUAAACCCACAGUUAGUGGGCUUGAAGUGGGUGAUGGUACAAUGAAGCAAACAGAACCAGUCAGAGGAUUAGCAGGAAGUAGUGUCAUGAAAAUUUAAAGAAGCAAAUUUCAAGGAGCCACUUAAGAAAUAUCAAAGAGUACACAGAAGUCCAAAGGGAUGAAGACUCGGAAAGAGCCUUAGGAUUUGACAGGUUAGAAAUCAUUGGUAACUUUGGAAAGAAGUUUCAUUUAAAUAAUAAGCUACAUUGCAGAAGACUUUAAAAAGAGUGAAAAUAGACACAAGUGUAGAUAUUCUUGCCAUGGAGUAAAUACACAAAGUAGACGCUUUAUCAAGGACUUUAGCCUCCAAGGGAAGAGCUAAUCUAGGGUGACAGCAGGAGCGGUAGAAUCCAGAGAGAUUUUUAAGGAUGAGGAAGACUGGUGUGUUUAUAAGCUGCAGAAUAAAUAGGGAGAAACUGAGGGAGUGGUAGAUCAGUCUAGGAAAAAAAUGGGAGGAAAGAUUGAAGGGAACCCACAGCAGUGUCUGCCUUGGCAAGGAGAUUGGUUAUGUCUUCAAGAUUACAAAGGGAGGAGAUAGUGGGAGAUAAUAGCAGUGAAUUGUGAUUUUAAAUAAUAGAACUCAUUUGGUGAAUCUUUUUAGGUUGAGACAAGGCUCUCAACUGUGGAUCUUGGAGUGCCAUAGUAUAACUAUUGUUGGGAGUAGGAGAGAAAAUAGUUUAGAGGACUAGAAAGACAACCUUGGUGCUGUGAGAGCUCAGUUAAGAUUAGACAAAAAUUUAGUAACGAUUUCAGUCAACAUGAUUUCUUGAUGUCUUUAAGCUCUGUUGAUCUGUAUUUGUGUACAGACCAGAGAAAGUGGGUUAUUAUUGGUAGGUAAGAUAUGGGUACUGGGAGUUCAAGAAUAAUGGAUUGUAUAAACCUAAUCAAUUCACCAAUGGACUGAGAUAUGGAAGGAAGGAAAGUGUCAUCAGAGCAGGAGUUAGGGCCUGGGAAACUGGAGGGGUAGAAAGAAGAGGGUUCAGAGAGUAACACAGAGAGAGGGAUGGAGCAGUAAAAGGUGGUAUAAAGAAACAUCAACAUGCAAGAACAACCCUUAUUAUAGAGCAGCAGUAUGACAGCAGAUACCGACCAGAUCUGUGGGUGACUGAGGAGCCGGGGAGCCGGUCCUUGUGUCUGAGAAGACCAGUGGACUGGCCAGGGGGUAUUGAAGGGAACAUCAACGUGUAUUUUGAAGUUCCCUAGUGUGGGGUCCAGAGGAGAAUGAUCCAAGCACUGAACUCUUUAAGAAAAAAAGUAGAUUAGACACCCCCAGGAUAUGAGCUGAAUGAGAAUUUGGGAUAGAAUAGAAGAAGGUGAGUGAUGGUAAAAAGAAAGUCUGAGAGGGUUGGUACUGCCUGAGGGAUAAGUGAUGCAACUCCCCAGGCUGGAGGGGGCUGCAGGGGAAUGUGACCCCGGUACUGGCGAGGGGUAGAGGAUGGAGGAGAUGUGAAAUAAAAGUAAGUGCUGCCUGCAGAACAGAUGGCACAGCGGGAGCGACUGCCACGUGGAGGAGGAGGAGACUGCAUGGAACCCCAGAUGGGAGACAGAAAGCCCUGGUGUCCUGUGACCCUAAACAAGCCAUUUCAUCUCCUAGUACUUGGGUUCUCAUCAUCAGAUGGAAGAACAGGACCCCCAGGGAGGAGCAGCUGAAAUGUUCAGCCCUGUGCAAAUGCUAUGACUGGGUACGAGUGGAUGAACUUCAGGGGAUGGGCAUGGGGAUUGGGGGGAGUUCUUUGGCAGUCAGGUUCGCUGUCACUGCUGAGUGCCUAAGACAAAGGCAAGGGCGCUCACCAUAGGGGAAUCGGUGCAGGCAGAAUGGGUGCCAGGAAGUGUGUCGCAGAAAAUUAGAAAAUCAAAAGACACUCCACAACCCAGGACUUCAGCCACCUGGCAUUGCUCUGUGCCAGGCACUGUGCCGAAGGGCAAAGAUGUUCCCAAGGCACAUACAGGGGUCCCAAAAGUCCUAGUUCGGUUCUGUGAAAAGCCUAGAAGUGCACUAGAGAGAGUGGGGAGAAAGGACAUAGAGUUGGAAGAACAUCAGGAGGGGCAGGGCUAGAUCACAGAGUCGGGCCAGCAAGCGCUGUGCUGAGAUCUGGAAAUCCAAAUAAAAAACCAGGUUAUGAUAGUCCCUGCUCUCCAGGAGCUCACCCAAUGGGGACCACAACCAAAUAACUAGGGACAUAAAAGAUACAAAGGGGGCAAAUGGAAGGUAACCUAGAGAGAAGGGGGCUAGCCACGGGAGCACUGAAAGAUGCCCCUGAAGAUGAGAUUGGGCUUGAGAAUUCAAGGAAGCUACAGAGGCUGGAGAACAUUACAGAUGGGGGUGGAAUGACGUAGAGUUGGGGGGGGGGCACUGACCCAGGCUGAGGUAGCUGCGACAGAGUGGGGAGCGGCGUGGAUGGAGACUGGAAGGAGGAGAGUUCCAAGCUGUGAAGAGGUUUUUCACAUUGGUUUUCAGGAAGUCCGUGAAGUUUUUAAAAGUGAAAUAGGGUUUGUGUUGGGUCCAGGAGUCAGUAGAAUUUAUUGAGUGGGGGUGGGAGGAAAUGACCAGGUUAGACCCUCAGCUCAGGGAUGUCACUUUGGUUACUGAAUGGAGAAUGGACUGGAGCUGGAGCAAGCAGCUAACCAGGACCAGAACCAGGGUGUUGGCAGUCAGAGGGAAAAGGAGGUUCAUGGGAAAGGCAGUAGGAAAAGUGUAUCUUCUGGGAGAAAGGACAGUGCCCAGAUAACUAGGAGGGUUUGUGUUCUUGUAGGUAAUGAGGCUGUUUCGGGGAAGAGUUAAUGGACAUGUUGAGUUUAAGGUGUCCAUGGGAGGUCCAACUGGACUUGUCCAUUAGGCAGUUGGUGUUGCUAACUGAUCUAGAGGUCAGGAAAGGUUGGCAGUGGAUAAAUCUGAGAAUUGCUGCAUAGUGAUGGCAUUGACCUCAUGGGAGUUAAUGUGGUCCCCGAGCUAGAUGGUAUAGAGAAGAAAAGGGGGCCCAGGACAGACACCCACCUUUGGGUGGUAUGAUGUAGACGUGAAGAUCUAGCAGAGGAUCAGCCAGGGCUGGGGGUGGGAAAAAAAAAAAAAA